GUUGAUAUAGAAUAUCUGUCGUGAAAAAUCUAAGAGCUUGCGUUUAAACUGUGGUAAAAUGUAAACUUUUGAUGUUUUUGGAAAACGGGCCAUGGUCAAGCUUGUUGAAAUUUAGUCGACUAUUGAUGUGCCGGGAACAUCCAGUUAGGAACAGUAAUUUUACCAAACAUACAGAAGAUGGCGGAUGACGACUUGAUUCCUGUCCGGGGGGACAACCCUAAACCCAAGGGUAAAGCAGCUGACUCUGCGCUUGACCAGAAGUUCAUCCACCAGAGAGGUCUUGUGGCGAAACUGGACAGAAAUGACUUGGAGGAUCGUUACCUGCGGAUGUAUGAGGAAAACAUCUUACUGAAAAAACAUGCCCGUAAACAAGAGGACAAGAUUAAGAGAAUGGCCACUAAACUCUUGCGUCUUGUCAGUGACAAGAAGAAGAUGGAAAUUGACGGGGUCACAGGUGGAAAGGUCACACGCAAUGUGGAAAUAGAAGAAAAGAUGGCAGAUUACAUGACAAGAAUACAUGAACUGGAAAAACAGAACGCACAGUUAAAAGAAAAGUUAAUGUUAACCAAACAACAACUGGCGACAUCUGGGAAGCGGCCCACUGCUUUUCCGUACACACAGGCCAGAAUAGAUACGGGAAUAGCUAAGACCACUCCAGAUCCCAGGCUGACGAAAAAUCUGCGAGUGAUGGGCCCACCAGAGCAGAGAGUAUUCCGUUCCCAAAGCCCGACAGCUAUGCAUCGAUUUGGUCACAGUGCAUUAGACGAUGCAAGAACGGAAAAUAAAAAUCUAGAGAGUUAUGUAAGGCAGUUAGAAGAACAGUUGAAUAUGUGUGACCUGGAGAUAGAGAAGCUACGAGAAGAGAAUCGCCUUCGUGAAGACGAAUUCAAUGAAGACUUGUUCAAAGUGCGCCAGCAGAUGACAGCAGAACAAAAGUCCAGUGUACAGGAGAACAUUGAGAUGAUCCGGCUACAGCGAGAUGUAAAGGAAAAGUCUACAAAGCUGGUGGCACUACAGGACAAGUACAGCGCCAUGGAAGAGAACCUGCGUUCAGUAAAGCGAAGCCACGACACGGUGUUGAUGGAAAUGGAACACCUGAACUUACAGCUAAAGGAGGAACAGAACAAAGUGCUGACCUUACACAACCAGCUCAAGUCCUCCACAACCAUUGACAGGAAGGUGAUCGAACUGCAGGAGCAGGUACUAGAUGCUCAGAGAGAGAACCAGAUCCUCAAGGAAGCCAAUGAGAAACUGGUCAGCAGUGCAUUUGACCUUGAGCGGGAGCGAGAGUGGCGACAGCGGGAGAAUGCCCUCAGAGUCCAGAUUGCCCAGCUGGAGGCCACUAUGAAGUCAGACCUGGGAGAAAAGGGCUCUAUCCUGGAUAAGCUUUCAGAGGAAAGAACGGAAUUUGAGAAGUUGGAGCUGGAACAUAGGGAGAUGAAGAUUCAGUAUUUCCAGCUGAAAGAAAAAUGUGAUGACUUAACAGAGAAAAUGAGAUUCUUCACCAAGGAGAGUGCAGUGGACUUCACAGAGCUGGAGGAAGCGUUAGUUCUUGUCAAACAAAAGAAACAGAAAGAAAUUAAACAGCCAGAGUUUCUGCAGAAGGUUGAUGAAGAGAUAGGCAAAGAUCACCAUAAGCAACUGUUAACUCUGCAGGCUGAGUAUGCAGAAACAGUGCAUGAGCUGGAGAAGACGAGGAACUUACUGGUGAUGCAGCAUAAGAUCAACAAGGACUACCACCAGGAGGUACAAGCAGCAUCAAGAAAACUUGAAGAAACAAAGAAAGAGUAUGAUCUUAAGUUAGAUGAGUAUGCUCGACUGUUGGACAUCAGAGCAGCCAGGAUUAAGAAGUUAGAGUCUCAGCUCAGAGAUGUGGCUUAUGGAACACGACAGUAUAAGAUAUCAGCAACAACUGACCAGGAAGAAACACUGGACUUUGAUGAAACAGUUCAUUUGGAGCGGGGCCAGAAUUUGUUUGAAAUCCACAUUUCUAAGCUAGCUCUCAGCGAGGACGCCAUCAAACAUCUGGGCGACGAGGAACCAUCUUUGUUCUGCACCUGGGAGUUCUUUGAGUUUGAGAUCCAGUCCACACCCGUCAUCAGGGGCAGCAGGCCACAGUAUGAUUUCACAUCUCAGUACAUUGUCAAGGUGGAUGAUUUCUUUUUGCAUUAUCUGCAAAAGGAAACCUGCACACUGGAGCUCCAUCAAACGUUUGGGCAUGAUUACAAAACCAUAGCUGUGUGCCAGCUCUCUUUCAAGGAUAUUUUUGAUAAGCCACACGGGCGUAUCCAUGGCAAUGUUUCUCUCACAGGUGCAGCAGGUGAAGGGUCGGGUAUAGGCUUUGGUCACCUGGAGUACUGGGUCCGUCUCAAGGUGCCCAUGGACCAGGCACUCCGACUCUACAAGGAGAGAACCAAGGCACUAGGUUACAUAACUUCCAAUGUCCAGCAGACUGGUCAAGCACUCCAAGCCCUGGAUGAAACAGCUGGACAGCGACCAGCUGACAACGUUAACGAACUUCAUAUCAAAAUAUUGCGAUGCUCAGGGCUCAAACCUCGAAGAGAAAAUGUACAACCCUCCCCGUACUGUGUUUACCAGUUCUAUGACUUCAAUGAUCACGACACAGUCAUCUUGCAUAGCUCAAAUAAUCCUGAGUUCAACGACCACCAAACUUACCCUGUUCCCAUGACCAUUGAGUUGGACCAGUAUCUCAAGAACAUGCCACUGAAAAUUUUUGUAUUUGAUGACACGGAUCCAGAGGAGGCAUCGUACAUUGGAAUGGCUGACAUUCAUCUGAUUCCUCUGGCUCAUGACAAACCUAUUCAGGGCGUGUUUGAACUGAAGCGUGGUGACGGCAACACGAGUGGGACAGUGGAGGUGCAGCUUAGGUGGCAGUACUCGUACCUUCCACCUAGAGCAGCGACACGUACUCCAGCACAGGUAAGUGGCAGCACAGGUAGGACAGUGGAGGUGCAGCUUAGGUGGCAGUACUCGUACCUUCCACCUAGAGCAGCGACACGUACUCCAGCACAGGUGGCUGCUGCUCCUCAAGAUGUCCCGGAAAAACUGCCAGUGAUGUCUGGAGAGUCUCUGAGCUCCCCUAAGUCCCUGACCCCGCAGGCAAAGCCCAGGGCUGGCACACGGUCAAAUAUGAAGGGGCCAUCUGCCACCUCCACACCCAUGGUCAAGGCUCAUGGGCUGCCGUCCACUGGAGAAGGGGAGGUAACUGCUCAGAGAGCUGCUGUUGCUGCGGCAGGGCCUUCCAAGGAGCUGUUCCCCAAACCUCGUGUUCCUGCCCCUCGUCAGAAGACCACAGAUGAAACACUGGACCAGUCCAGGGUGGGGAUGGUGAACGACGCUGUAUCUGAUGCUGUGUCUGCUGUAUUGCCUGAGCUCUCUGUCACAGCCUCAACAGUCCAGGAUCAAACAUCAACAGGAGAUGCUGGUAGUGAAGAGAUGUCUCCAGUAGAGAAGAGUGUAGAUCCUGCAGAAGUAUCAGAACCAGAGUCACAGGAAAAUGCUCUUGAUGAAGUAGCAGAAGAUGUGGUGGAAGAGGCUCUGCAUGAGGGGGUGUCGCCCUCCGAGAAUACACUGAAAGAAGAGUCAGAUCCUGACAGGACACCAAGGACUAAUGGAGUGAGCAAGGCAGAGGAUACCAUGUUUGGGGAUGAAGCUGAGGAGUCAGUGGAGGAGGAGAUUGAGGAGGAAGUGGCUGAGGACAUGAGUCAGAGUCUGCCGAGGAAACCGGAGAUGGAGUCUGACAGUGAGGGCGUGGUCAUGGAGCCUGAAGGGGACAUAAGGAAGAGCUUGACUCUAAGAAUGGGUAACAAUGUGACGAUCGUUGUGUCUCGUCUGUCCCUGGAGGACGACUCGCCCGUCACGGAGAAUGACCAAAUACAGCAGUUGUUUGUGGAGUACAAGUUCCUGGGGUUACCCCCUCAGGAGCUAGAGACGCCUUUCUCCCUGCCCAAACCAAAGAAUUCUCACCAGUCACUCGCGUUCAACUUCAGCAAGACCUUCCCUGUAGACCUGGAGAGGAACUACCAGAGACGACAGUACCUGGCCAGCAUGUUGCUACCUGAUGAUCCAGACCAGGGCAGGAUUCGAUUCACCGUGGUCAGUGAGCCCCCUGAGGAUAAUCAGGAUGCUGAGUGUGAGGAUGUGGGCGUGGCCUUUGUCAGUGUCCGAGACAUCCUACAUCAGCACCGAGACAUCAAGGAUGAGGAUAUUAAAGUGUUUGACAUUGCGGAUGAGAAGACGGUGAUCGGGUUUCUCAACGUGACAGUGGAGUGUCUGGACGCGCUGGAAUCCGUGGAGAAGGAGAUGCAGGUGGACUCUACGUACGGUUGAGGCUGUUGAUGGAAUCUCACCCUGCUGCGCCUUACAGCUCCUAGUUCCCGUCCAGCAGGGAGGGAGACAGAUGCUGGCAUUUCACUCUUCUCAGUUGCAAACAUUGUCUCACAUGGGCUACUCGUAUCUCUUAUAGUGGGGUAUAUAUUUAUUUGUUCCGUGUAUAUCAUACCAGUGUAGUGAUCUAUAUAUACUUUGGGUGCCGACUUCACAGGUAGGGUUAGUUUCAGAAGUACACAUUUUCUAGCAGAUAAGUAUUCCUCAGCCGUUUGUUAGAACGCAGCCAAGAUAUGCUAGUUGGUCUGGUACCAAUGAUUGUAUGUACACGUACAUAUAGGGUUGUCUGAUGGAGAGAAUUCCUGGACCUAGUGUUGGUUAUAUACACUGUAUUUGUGUGCAUAAUGCACUUAGGCCAGAGCAAACCAGUUUAUAAUCAUAAACCAGUAGGCUUUAUAUUUUAGAAUAAUUCCAAGUCAGAUUUCAUUAUGAUGUGUGUUUCGGGCACCAGAAGUUAAGAUUAUGAUAGAU